GAAGAUGAUGUGGCCAGCAUGAUGACCUCCGCUGAUGCAGAUGAGGUGGCAAGCAACAUGACCUCCGCUGAUGUAGAUGAUGUGGCGGCGGCUAGCGACGCUGAUGAUGACUCUGAUGAUGACUCUGACGACGAUGCUGACACAGGUGCAGCGGCAGCCAGCGACUCUGAUGACGACUCUGAUGAUGACUCUGACGACGAUGCUGACGCAGGUGCGGCGGCAGCCAGCGACGAUGACUCAGACUCAAGCGACGAUGCUGAUGAUGCUGACGCAGCUGCGGCGGCAGCCAGCGACGAUGACUCAGACUCAAGUGACGGUGCUGAUGAUGCUGACGCAGCUGACGCAGCGACAAGUGCUUAAUAAGCUAUGAAGUCAGAAUCCCUCACGACAUCCUGCCUCUCUCCAGUUUAACGCCUGAUCUACAGCAAAACGGCUAUCAUCUUGAUUGCCAAACUAUGUACAAUAAAAC